CAGAGAGAGGGGAUACAAAUUGGACAACAGAAAACAGAUAAGAAGAGAUAUACUCUCUUUCACUCUGUGGACUUCCACUAUGGCGAUUUCGCCAACAGUUCCAACUUGUUAUUCUCUCUCCAAUCUUAAGUCCUCCAUAGUUCCCUCCUUCAAACUAUACCCUUCUCACUCCUCCUCUUUGAAGCCAAAACGCCUCCACAAUCGCCUUCGUAUUCUCGCCACUGCCACUCUUGAUUCCAGUAAUGGGGCAGUCGCCGUCGCCGAUAAGCCGGACGCCACCUCCUAUGGAAGACAGUACUUCCCGUUAGCCGCUGUCGUUGGACAGGAUGCUAUCAAGACUGCUCUUUUACUUGGGGCUAUUGACCGUGAGAUAGGAGGGAUUGCAAUCUGUGGGAAGCGUGGAACAGCUAAAACAGUGAUGGCACGUGGGUUACAUGCAAUUCUGCCACCUAUUGAUGUAGUUGUUGGUUCAAUAUCUAAUGCUGAUCCAUCAUGCUCCGAAGAGUGGGAAGAUGGUUUAGCUGAUCGAGUGGAAUAUGACUCUGCCGGUAAUAUUAAGACUCAAGUUAUCAGAUCUCCUUUUGUACAGAUUCCACUAGGUGUCACUGAAGAUAGACUAAUUGGGUCUGUUGAUGUUGAAGAGUCUGUGAAAUCUGGAACCACUGUUUUCCAGCCUGGCCUUCUUGCCGAAGCUCAUAGAGGAGUUCUAUAUGUUGAUGAAAUUAAUCUUUUAGAUGAGGGCAUCAGUAAUUUGCUUCUUAAUGUGUUGACUGAGGGAGUUAAUAUAGUGGAAAGAGAGGGAAUCAGCUUUAAGCACCCAUGCAAGCCACUUUUAAUUGCAACCUAUAACCCAGAAGAGGGUGCUGUACGUGAACAUUUACUAGAUCGUAUUGCAAUAAAUUUGAGUGCAGAUCUUCCAAUGAGUUUUGACGAACGUGUUGCAGCUGUUGGAAUUGCAACACAGUUUCAGGAACAUAGUAACGAAGUUUUUAAAAUGGUUGAGGAAGAAACAGACAAUGCAAAGACUCAGAUUAUUUUGGCAAGGGAGUAUUUGAAGGAUGUCACUAUCAGCAGCGAGCAAAUAAAGUACCUGGUUAUGGAAUCCCUUCGUGGUGGUUGCCAGGGACACAGAGCUGAGCUAUAUGCUGCCCGUGUUGCCAAAUGCUUAGCUGCUUUAGAAGGACGUGAAAAAGUUGGUGUGGAUGACCUGAAGAAAGCUGUAGAACUGGUAAUUCUUCCUCGCUCAAUCUUCAAUGAGAAUCCACCUGAACAGCAAAACCAGCAACCCCCACCUCCACCACCCCCACCACAAAAUGAAGAUUCUGCUGAGGAGGAAAAUGAGGAGGAAGAUCAAGAGGAUGAAAAUGAUGAAGAGAAUGAGCAAGAACAGGAACAAAUACCUGAAGAGUUUAUCUUUGAUGCAGAAGGGGGUUUGGUGGAUGAGAAACUUCUUUUCUUUGCACAACAAGCACAGAGACGCCGUGGAAAAGCUGGGAGGGCUAAGAAUGUUAUAUUUUCAGAGGAUAGAGGCCGAUACAUUAAGCCAAUGCUUCCCAAAGGUCCUGUAAAGAGACUAGCUGUUGAUGCAACUCUUAGAGCAGCUGCACCAUAUCAAAAGUUGCGAAGGGAGAAGGAUACUCUGAAGAGUAGGAAAGUUUAUGUUGAGAAAACUGAUAUGAGAUCUAAAAGGAUGGCGCGAAAAGCUGGAGCACUGGUUAUAUUUGUGGUUGACGCUAGUGGGAGCAUGGCAUUGAACCGAAUGCAGAAUGCAAAAGGAGCUGCACUUAAAUUACUGGCUGAAAGUUAUACAAGCAGAGAUCAGGUGUCUAUCAUACCUUUCCGCGGGGACUCUGCAGAAGUUCUCUUGCCUCCUUCCAGGUCAAUUGCGAUGGCAAGAAAACGCCUUGAGAGACUUCCAUGUGGUGGAGGUUCUCCCCUAGCUCAUGGUCUUACAACGGCUGUCAGGGUGGGGCUAAAUGCAGAAAAGAGUGGGGAUGUUGGACGUAUAAUGAUCGUUGCAAUAACUGAUGGUAGAGCCAAUAUAUCACUGAAAAGAUCCACUGAUCCUGAAGCUGCUACUUCUGAUGCACCUAGACCUUCUGCUCAAGAGUUGAAGGAUGAAAUUCUUGAAGUGGCUGGUAAAAUAUACAAAGCAGGGAUGUCUCUCCUUGUCAUUGACACCGAAAAUAAGUUCAUUUCAACUGGUUUCGCCAAAGAGAUUGCAAGAGUUGCUCAAGGAAAAUAUUACUACUUGCCAAAUGCUUCUGAUGCUGUUAUCUCUGCUGCAACAAAGGAUGCUCUAUCAGUAUUGAAGAACUCUUGAUUUUAGUUCUAUUUUAUCAACCAAGUUAGGAUGAAAUGUUUUGUGGUAGUAUUGAGAUCUGAGAGAAUCAAGCGGCUUGCUCAUUGUAUGGGAGAUUUAUUUUCGACUUAUUCACAUGUAUGCUCAUAUUCGAAUAAAAAUCCGAUUUCUCUUUCUCAAUGUCCAAAAGUAAAUUUCUUCUUUAAGAAGUUACACUUC